AGGGAGGAGAGGAACUAGUGAGUGACGGGGAGAGGAGCUGGCAGCCAGGGGAGAGAGGGCAGCGAGAAUGGGGCAAGGAGCUGGGGAGAACUAGCAACUAGAGACAUUGGCCAAGUGGACUAGGAGACUGGCUACAAAGUGACCUGGGAGAGACAGGACCCGCUAAGGACUAUUGCUGACAGGGCGAGGAGACUUCAACACUGGCUACAAAGUGACAAGGAAGAGAGAGAAGGCGACAUUUACUAACAGGGAGGGCAAGGGGACUGGAUUCAAAGUAACCAGAGAGAGACAGAUAUUACUAACAGAGCAAGGACACUGGAUACAAAGUAACCAGGGAGAGAAUACUAAAAGCAAGGAGAGUGGAAAUAAAGUAACCGGGGUUCCAUUACUAAGAACUAGGACACUGGCUACAAAGUAACCAGUGAGAGAGCUGGGAGGGGGUAAGGGGGGGCUGGGUUCUGUGCCCUCUGUUAUUGGGGUGUGCAGGUGCCCAGAGGUGGGGGAUUAGCAAGGUGCCAGAGCCUGUUUACUUCCUUUCCCACCAGCAGCCCAUCUGACACGCCAACUUGUUUAUUUAUACCCUCUGCUGCUGCAAUGGAAGUUAGAUCUUGGCAAGUGGAAGAGCAUGAGUAAGAGCCAGUGACCAGCAAUCUAACUGGGACUCUACAAAUGUAGGUACAGUACCCAAUGGAAUCCAAAGAUCUACUGAAAACCCCAAAUGGAUCACAGGGCGUGAGGACUGCACUUUACAGUGACAAAGCAGGGAAUGUGAUUGAUUUCUUUGGAAGUUAUAAGGGUGGAGCUAAUGUAAAUGUGUCUACUUCUUGCUCAACCCAACCUGCUUCCCUGUCAGAUACAAGGCAACAGCAGCAACAAGAGCUGCCUGUAACUGGGGAUUCAACAAAUGGUUUGAGGAAUGUGCCUCAGCCAGAUCUAUCCAAGGCAGUUUCUCUCUCAAUGGGACUUUACAUGGGGGAGGCAGAAGCAAAAGUAAUGGGCAACGAUCUUGUUAUUUCUCAGCAGGGCCAGCUCGGUGCCCAUGCAACAGAAAGUGAUUUUAAGCUUUUGGAAGAGAGUCUUGCCAGCCUUCAAGCUAAAUCGUCUGUUUCGGAUAAGGCCCUGGAUGGCCCAGGGGACAAGGGUGUUCUUACAUCUGAAUUAUCUGUCCAACCAAGACCUUCCACGCAAGGCCAAGCAGGCAGUAUUGGGAAUAACACCACCAACUUGUUUCACAAAGACCAAAGCACCUUUGACCUUUUACAGGACCUUGACCUACCCCCUGACUCACCCAAGGAUAUUAAGGGCAGUCCUUGGGGACUGGACCCUAUCUUUGAUGAGGAAGAUGCAGCAGACUUGCUGUCUCCUCUUGCCACUGAUGACCCAUUUCUUUUGAGGUCUGGAAUAGCAAAUGAGGAAUGCAAACCUGUCCUGUUGCAGGACUGUAUGCCUAAAGUGGGUAACCGCACGGGCGAUAUGCAACUUCCCAGCACAGACCUUCUCAUUUCUCAAGUGAAGACUGAAAAAGAGGACUAUAUAGAGCUGUGCACACCAGGGGUUGUGAAACAGGAAAAGUUUGGUUCUGCUUACUGUGGAGGUCGUUUUGGUGGACCUGGCAUAUAUGGCAACAAAACAUCUGCCAUCUCUGUCCAUGGCGUCAGCACAUCAGGAGGGCAAAUGUACCACUAUGACUUGAACACCUCCUCUCUUUCUCAGCAUCAGCAAGAUCAGAAACCCAUCUUUAACUUGGGCCCAAGUCUGUCUACCAUUUCUGAAACUUGGAAUAGGUGCCAUGGAUCCACAGACGACAACAUUACCUCCCCAGGGAAUGUAAACUAUCCGGGCAGACCUGUGUUUUCAAAUGGUUUUUCCAGCCCGGGAAUGAGACCUGAUGUGAGUCCUUCUCCGUCCAGUUCUUCUACCAGCACAGGACCACCUCCCAAGCUUUGUCUGGUCUGCUCUGAUGAAGCCUCUGGUUGUCACUAUGGAGUACUGACUUGUGGCAGCUGCAAAGUAUUCUUCAAGAGAGCAGUUGAAGGUCAGCACAAUUAUCUUUGCGCUGGAAGAAAUGACUGCAUUAUUGACAAAAUUAGAAGGAAGAACUGCCCAGCAUGCCGCUAUCGGAAGUGCCUCCAAGCAGGAAUGAAUCUGGAAGCACGCAAAACAAAAAAGAAGAUUAAAGGGAUCCAGCCGUCUAACUCAACAGCCGUACGUGAAGUUCCGGAUAACACUUUGAAUAAGGUCAUGCUUCCUGCUGCGGUGGCUCAGCUUACACCUACCCUGAUCUCAUUAUUGGAGGUGAUUGAACCUGAAGUUUUGUAUGCUGGAUACGACUGCACCGUACCUGAAACAGCCUGGCGACUCAUGUCUAGUCUGAACAUGUUAGGAGGGCGGCAAGUGGUCUCUGUUGUCAAAUGGGCAAAGGCAAUACCAGGUUUCAGGAACUUGCACCUGGAUGAUCAAAUGACCCUUCUUCAGUACUCCUGGAUGUUCCUUGUUGUAUUUGCCCUUGGAUGGAGGUCUUACAAGCAAUCCAAUGGGAGUGUGUUGUAUUUUGCUCCAGAUCUGAUAAUUACAGAGGAAAGGAUGAAUCUUCCUUACAUGAAGGAGAGAUUUCAAGACAUGUUCAAGGUAGUCCAUGAAAUGACUCGUCUCCAGAUUUCAUAUGAUGAAUAUCUCUGCAUGAAAGCUUUGUUGCUUCUGUGUACAAUUCCAAAGGAUGGUCUGAAGAGCAAUGCACUGUUUGAGGAAAUCCGCAUGACCUACAUUAAAGAGUUGGGAAAAGCCAUAGUGAAGAGGGAAGGGAAUUCCAGUCAAAACUGGCAACGUUUCUAUCAACUGACAAAACUUCUGGAUACAAUGCAUGAGGUGGUUGAAGAUCUUCUAGUAUUUUGCUUCCACUCCUUUCUUGAUAAAUCAAUGAGUGUCGAGUUUCCCGAGAUGUUGCAAGAAAUCAUCAGCAAUCAGAUACCAAAAUAUUCAUCUGGAAAUAUCAGGAGACUUUUAUUUCAUCAGAAGUGACUGCCUUACUAAUAUAUGAAUAUAAAAUGUUGCCUUAAGGAAAGAAAAAGUAAAAUUAUAGCUUUGCAUUGUAUAAAAAAGAAAUCAGACAUGGUAAUUGUCCUUGCAAUGGUGUUCCUUUUGUAAUUAUGCACUACAGUUCAUGUGGUUUACAGAGGGCCAAGAUGUUGUGGACUAUGGAAAUUGGCUAAUUUCACUCUAAGUGAGAUGAGCAGCAAAAGAAAUGGAUAAACCAGAGUCUGCUUUGUGAACAUUCUGCUAGUAAUUUUGGCAUUUGGAUAAAUGUUCUGCUAGUUUUUUUUGGGGUGGAAAUGGGGUUUGUUUUUCUUCUCUGUCAGGGUUUUUUUUUUUUUCCUGUAGUUCAAAUUUGGAGGAAAAAAAACACAAACAAAAAUGGUAUAGAGUUUUGCAUGUAACAUAAGGAAAGUUUACACAUGUAUAUCAGAAAAGGGAAGCCGUGCCUUUUUUAAUUAUUUUUAAGCUACUGUUUGGAUCUAGCAUUUUUUUUUUCUUCUAAAUUUUUACAAAGUGAACUGGCUUGCUCCGUUAAUCUUUUUUUUUCCUUCUUUACAAUUGUUAUUUUGUAAUAUUCUUUAAACAAACACAUUUUUUAUUUUAUUUUAUUUUAUUUUUUGACUGGGGCAGCUCACAGUUUUCCUAACAUAACUGAAAAAAAAAACAUCUAUACAUAUUUUAUUUUUAAUUAUUCUAACAAGCUUCUAAUUUAAAUUUAAAAAAUAAAUAAAAAGCACUUUCAGCUACAUACCCAAACAGAUUUGGAUAUUUGUAAUGUAAAAACAUUUACUUAAUGCAACUAAUACAAUAUUCUUAGUGCAGGUACAAAUCUUGAGAUUCAUUAUAGAUAGCAAACCUGUCUACAGCACAGACUUUCCUGCCCACAUAAAGAGUGCUUUAAAACGGUGCAAGGGCUGCUCAAGUCUCACUGUUGUAGACACAUAGUGCAGAUUAUAGUUAUCUAAAGAUGUUCUGUUGCCAGAGAUGUACCAUUUUCACAUGUGCCAUAUGAUGCUCAGAGAGACUAUAUUAGAAGCUGCUGUAGCCGUUUCAAUAGCUUGUAUAUGUAUAUGCUUUUAUUACUAAAGAGAAAAAAAAAAAUAGAAUUGAUUUAAAAAGCCAUUAAUUUGAAUUAUUAUUUUUUUUAAAUCAGAAAAAAUUAAUAUUUUUUACUUUUAUCAGGGUCACUACAAGCCACUGUACCAGAGGGUAAUAGCAAAAUUAAAAACCUUGUAUCUAUCUACAUAUAUGUAUAUGUAUACAUACACAGACACACAUACAGAUAUUUGUGUGUCAAAUAUAUAUGAAUAUAUUUAUAUAGAUAGAUAUAAAAUGUUUAGGUAAAAGGAAAAGCAAUGUCACUAUGUACAAAAUGUCUAAAACAACUUUAUAUUUACAGUUUUUAAAUGUAUGCCAUAUUGGUAUAAUUGGAAAUGUGGGUAGAAAAUGAAAGGGCUACUGCAGCUUGAAAUAACAUAUAUCUAUAAAAUGCUUUAUAUAAUGUAUUAAAAACUUUAUUGUGGAAAGGCUUCAGCACUUUUGAUUGCUUUGUUUCAAGUGAAAGCAAGAAAAAGAAACCGCUAAAUCUCAUUUAAUCAGCCAUUUUGAAAUUCCAGUGUGUCUCAGUCUUGGCGUUCAAGAAGUUCAACAUACAAUGUUAAAAGCAUUAACUUGUUUAUUAGUGCUGAUGUCUGUUUUAUUGUGUGAUGUGUUUGUUAUACAAAACAAAAGCCUAGACUGUAAGCACUUUGGCAGGAUUUUUUCCAGUGUAUAUUUUUUCUAUUUCUUGUGAUAGUUUGUCCUCUUACUAAAAGUAGGACCUGUUCUUCUGGGGAUUAUUAGUAAACGCAAGGCCAUGUCUUCACAAAGUUUCAGUUGUUUUUGUCAGCUUUUUGGAGGAACUUAGCAAAUGGAAAAGUGUUCAUUUUUGUGUGCAAAUAUCUAUGAAAUUCCACUACUGGAAGGUAUCAAUUCAUACAGGGUACAAAUAUCUACCAGACUGACACUUUUUACAGUUUUAAUAAAGAAGAGAUUUCUUAAUUGUUUUUAAAAGUCAGACUUUCAACUUUUUACUGGUCUUUCACUUUGAAAAUGUACAGGUUUUUCUUUUUUAUACGCAAAAUGCAACUGCGAUUUACUUCAAGGCAGAUCUUUUUGGAACACAAACAAUAGAAUUUCUCAGGAUUCUAUGGGCGUAGAUUGUAACACUUCUCCGGCCUCUUGGUCUUUGGUUGACGCGUGUCGUCCAAAAUUGACUUCUAAAAUAGUAGUAAAAUCGUAACUGAAUUAUAUAUCCCAUCUCCUAUGUUGAGGACAGUAUUGGAAUUGUUAUCUUUAGUCUGUGCUUAUUUGAUAAAUGGAAAGUUAAAAUGCAGUAUUAACACACCAAGACAAGUAGGGAAACGUAAUCCCAGCAUUAUGAUAGCCAUAUAUUGCACCAGACGGCAAGAAAUGUAUUUUAGAGCAAUUUUCCUUUCACCAACUUUUGAAAGCAAAUCAUUGGUUUUACAUCCGUAGCUGCAUUGAUAAUGUCCAUUGUGAGUUAACGUGCAGAAUUGUAGAUUAAAGUGGAAUAAAAGUGUAGUGACCACAUUUAUUGGUAUUGGACUAUUAAAGGGAUCAUCUGUACAUUAUGUUAAAGUAUAUGAUACGAGCUAACAUGGGAUAAGCCCUAAAUCUUUGAAACAGUAGAAAAUAAACUGAUGAGCAAAGAGAGGAAGGGCAAUUUGUUGACUUACCAUUCAUUCUGAUGUUUAGACCCUCCUUGUUCAAGGCUUUGAGCACAUAUAUAAAUCCAAAGGGCAGGAAUCCAGAAUGAUUUUGUGUUAACGCUAUAUUAGUAUAAUUCAGAGAGACUAAAAGAACUGCAAGAAUUGACUGGGUAAAAGGUUGUUGGACUAGCAACCAAGUACAGCUGGUGGGUGUCAGCCAGGGCAGGACAAAAAUAAACCAGGAAUUCAGGACAGUGUGCUCUGUGAUCCAUAACUACUUACACUAACCAUAUUCAAGUAUCAGGAGAAUUACAUUUUCAUUGUAUGCUUUACAAAGCUCUUUAGACUAUACUAAGAGCAGUUUUAAUAAUCUCUUAUUUUGUCAGGCAUGCUUAAACUAGGAGCAGAAUACAUGCUUUCAAGGAGAGAUUGAUUUAAUUACACUAUGAUUUUUUUUUCCAAUUGUCAGAACUAAACUACAAAUGCAAAAUAGAUUUGUUUGUAGCACUCUUUCAGUCAAGCUUUUUACAGUAAGAAUUCUGUCUCAUUUUGCUGAACGUUUUGGUUUUAUCUUUAUUCAAGCUCAUUUUUUUCUCUCUUUCUAUAAAGUUUUAAGUAUUGAGUUUGGUUUAUUGUUGUGUAAACUCAUUAUAGACCUGUUAUAUGGCCCAAUGUACUGUAAUAAUUGUCCAUAUUCCUGUAGUGCAUAAUUUAGAUUUCUGUUAAGGUUGCAAGUUGUGUGUUUUUUUUUUUUUUUAUUGUUUUUAAAGUUGUAUGUAAAAAUUAUUGAUCUUUAUGCCUUAAAGGCUAGACAUCAAAUUAAAAGGGUUAGAAGCUCCUUUAAGAGUUUUUGCAAGUUAAGCUUUGUAAUCUCAAUCCAUUAAAUGCAUCAGCACUUACAAAUCUUUGGAAAUCUAUGCGAAUAGUUUGCUUAUUUAUUGAUUCUGUUGAAUUGAAUAGUGAAAAUACAUCCCUACAGUAAAGAUUUUAAAUUAUCCCUAAAAUGCUCUCUGGACAUAUACAUAUAUUUUUGCACAAGAAAAGAGUGUGGGUUAUACAACAUUAUAGUAUACACCCUUCUACGGUAUUAUUUUAAUAUAUAUGAAUUUAGAUUUCCCAGCUCAGGCCAAAUUGUAUUUUAACAUAGGACAUUUAUAUUUACAUAUACAAUUAUGAAUUUAUCUGUGAGCUUAGAUGUUGAAUUUGAUAAACUCGUAAAGUUAUCUCAAUUGUGUUUAUUGCCUACCCCAAUAAAUGUUUAAGCUGCCUCUUCUCAUAAACCAAAGUAUUAAGGGUGCCUCUUUGUUUCCAUUUCCUAUUUGACCUUGUACAGAUUGGUUAGCUAUACAUUAGAUCGAUUUUCUAUAACAAUCCAGGAAAAAAAAUAAUUCACAGGUUUCCCUGCAAAUAUGUUCGUCAAAACAAGGACUGAGCUUGAUCGUGACCAUAUACACUGUUCUUACUUUGCACAACAUUCAAGUUGAGGAGGCUAGUUCCUGCGGUCACAUUUGGAGGGGUCAGAAAAA